CCUCUCCGCUCCCCUAAAACCCUCUGUUUGUACGACGCCCCAGCCCCUAAUUCUCAAAAGUCAAAUCCCUAAUUUGCAACCAGAAUCAAGGCCGCCUCACGCCUUCACCCAGUCGGCCAGUCGCGCCGCCCCCGUUGCCUCACCCACACCCUUCCGACCUCCAGUCCAGCCGCCCCCAACCCGCCUCUUCACCUCACUCACGACCCACCCACACUUACAGUCAGAGAGAUACAGAGAGACCUCUGUACAGUGUUCCUCUUCUUCUUCUCGUCUCUCUCUCUCACAAAGACCCAAACCCAUAUAUGACAUAUAACCCUAACUCAGUAAAGUAAAUCGUAAAACCUCCCCUCUCGGCCUCGAUCGACAGUUGCAGCUUGCAAAGCAAGUUCAAGUGCUCAACGAAUCAACAGCAAUUUCCGGCAAUUUUUUUAAAGGAAUUUCCAUUUUUGUUCUGAGGAAGCUUGAAGGAAGAAAAAUGGAGACGAAUAGGAACAUGGUAGAAGAGGAAGCAAAUUGCUCAAUUCCAAAUGGUGGCCCCAUUUAUAUUCCGAAUCUCAUUAGUCAUCUCACCAGCGUUCCUGAGUUUCAAAACUCACUUCUUCAACAACUCCAUGAAUUAGAUGUUGAAUUGGAUUCCUUUCAAAUUGCUGAGUAUGAGGAUAUUUGUGUUGAUGACCUUAAAAUUAUUAAGGAGGAAGAGUUAGUAGAAAUGGCUCUCAAGGAAGCGUUUAAGGAGGAUGAGGAUGAGCAUGCUGCAAAUGCUGCUCAAGUUUUAGAAAAUGGCUCCAAUUUGGGCAGCAAUCGUAGAAAAUCUAGAAACAAACAUGCAAAUCUAGAGAGCUCCGUAGUCGAGAAUGCUUCAACUUCUAUUGAGUCCUUAAAUGGGUGUCCUUCUAAUACUAGUUUGGAUGGAGCUGCAAUGGAAAGGAAAAAUGGCUCAAAGAAUCGAAAGAGAAGGAAAAUGAAUAAUCACCUUGUUGAAAAUACAUACAUCAAAAAGGUGGAGGAACUUGCAAAGAUUAAACAAAAGCAGGAUGAAGACAAAGCAACAGCAAGGCUACAUUCUUUGAAUGCCAUCAGCAAGAUCAGUGAUUGUGCCAUUCCAUCCUCCGAUAAAAUUGAAAGGAUGAAAUCCCUCCGGUCUAUGAAUUCCUCUGGAAAGGUGAAGUCAGUGGAUGCUGAGGAGCACAUACCAGUUUUACACCCUGAAGUUGUUCUUUGUGUUGAGGUCUACCAUAACAUACGAAAAUGGUCAAAGAUCCAAGAGUUCUUGGUCUUGGGCCAUCAAACCUUGACUGAACUUAAGGACAAGAUAUAUUGCCUGACAGACCAGGUGAUGCAGAAGGCUGGCCAGCAUGAUCCUUCUGGAUAUUUCCUUAUAGAAGAUAUAUUUUUCAAUGAUUUGAGAGAUUCCUCUGCUAUAGAUUACAGUAAAACUAUAUUUGAUUGGCUUAGAAACUCUAGGGAUGAUGCUCUUAAAAAAUGGGAAAGCAUUGUAACUGGUGAGUUGCAACAAAAGCAAAGAGCAAUUUUAGGCAGUGUAGAAGCUUCAAGAUUGCCCCACUUCAAAGCUGUUGACAUGCACAAGACGCGGUUUUGUGACUUCAGGUUUCAACUCGGUGCUGGAUAUCUCUAUUGUCAUCAGGGUGACUGCAAGCACACAAUCGUGAUUAGGGACAUGAGGUUGAUUCAUUCCGAGGAUGUACAAAAUCGAGCAGCUUAUCCGAUACUCAUCUUUCAACUAAAACCCCGUGUUCAGAAAUGCCAUGUAUGUAACAUUACCAGAGCUACAAAAGUAACUGUCGAUGACAAGUGGGCGAGGGAGAACCCUUGUUAUUUCUGUGAUUAUUGCUAUUCCCUUCUCCACUCCAACGAUGAGUCUCCUCUAUAUGCCGAAUUUUCUGUGUAUGAUUAUGUUCAUGAUUAGAUGUCCAAUGUUCAUUGUAAGGAUUCUAUUAAUUUACUGGUGGAAUACCCAAAAAUAAGUAAAUUCAUGUUUUUAAUCCCUAGCCAAAGCCCCUGUAUCUUUAUUAUAUAUGUAUAAAUUGUAUAACCUGUCAUUGGUCAUUUCUGUUGUUUCUAUUAUAAUUUUCUAUAAUAUCAAAAUUGCACUAUCAUAUACUAUUUUUUAUUA